AGGAGAUCGGAUCCUCGACUGCACAGUCCUGCGAUCGCUUUGAUACCGCUGCUCUGUUACGUCCGCUCCUUCGUUUUCUCUCCCUCGUCUUCGUUUUCUUUCUUGACACACGUCGUCGAUUCCCUUUCUUUGCCCAUCUUACCCGGACACGCUCCGCUUGUCGUGACAACUGCUGGCCUUCACCCUCGAACACGCUGUACUAUCGCGGGCACUGCUCUCCCUUUCAUACGCCACCUCUUUAUGACGACAAGAUAGCCACUUCUCCGGGCUAUUCCCCUACACACCAUGGCUGGGCGGGCGCUACGGCGCACAAACCCAAUCACCAUCGCCCUCGUCACCUUCGCCGCGAUCCUUUCGCUCUACUUCCUCCUCUCUUCCACAUCGACAAACUCCUUGCCGCUUAAAGGCGUCGGUCAAGCCGCGACUGCGCUUUCGCCGCCCUCACUACCCUUCCGCAAGGCAAAGAAUGGCAAGGGUGCCGCCUCGGGCGCCGGCACACCGCCCGUUGUCCACUACCAUAUGAACAACCUGACGACAUCAUCAGACCCGAUUGCAAACCGCGAGACGGUGUUGAUCUUGACGCCACUUGCUCGCUUCUAUCAGGAGUACUGGGAUAACCUCCUCAAACUGUCAUACCCGCACGAGCUAAUCAGCCUGGGUUUCAUCAUCCCGAAAACGAAAGAAGGUAAUGCGGCUACCGCCGCGCUGCAAGAGCAGAUACAGAAGACACAGCAGGGUCCCGUCAAGCGCCGGUUUGCCUCCAUCACGAUCCUGCGCCAGGACACAGAGAGCCCACUCAUAUCGCAGGACGAGCAUGAGCGCCACAAGCUUGAGAAUCAGAAGAUGCGCCGUGCCGCCAUGUCCAAGGCUCGCAACUCUCUGCUCUUCACAACUAUGGGCCCGACAACGUCGUGGGUCUUGUGGCUGGAUAGCGACAUCAUUGAGACACCCCACUCACUCAUCCAGGACCUGGCCGCCCACGACAAACCCAUAAUCGUGCCCAACUGCUACCAGCGCUUCUACAAUCCUGAAAAGAAAGCUCUUGAUGUCCGCCCAUACGACUUCAAUUCCUGGCAGGACUCUCCCACCGCCCAGCAACUCGCUGCCCAGAUGGGGCCGGAUGACAUAAUCAUUGAGGGUUAUGCUGAGAUGGCGACAUACAGAAGCCUGAUGGCCUACAUGGUGGAUGAGCCAGGCAGCAGCCUCGACAAAAAUAAGGAGGUUCCCUUGGACGGUGUCGGUGGUACCGCCCUACUCGUCAAGGCUGAGGUGCAUAGGGACGGUGCCAUGUUCCCUCCCUUCAGCUUCUACCAUCUCAUUGAAACGGAAGGCUUCGCCAAAAUGGCGGCCCGAUUGGGCUGGAAGAGCUACGGGCUGCCGAAUUAUUUUGUCUAUCAUUACAACGAAUAGAUUUUACACGUAUUCCUAGUCGUCUUGCAUGGAAAUCCGGCGUUAUUAGGUUGAGGCGUGAUGGCUUGUUUCUCCCUCUCAGAUCAAGGAAAAUGCUCGCGUAAUCAUAGACGUGGUGGGGAGUUGAGGGACUAGCACAUGGGAAGGCUUUCAAAAAGGAGGAUCAGGAAUUGGAUGUAGUGCACAAUGUGAAGACCCAGGACCGCAUCCUCUCUGCCACAUAUCGCUCCUGCUUCUGCUUCUUGUUGCUAUUCUCUUUUCUCCAAAAACGCAUUUAUAGGUAAAAUAAUAGGAGGAUAGGGAGAGAACUGGGAUUGUAGAAUGGGGUGCUUGCUUCGUAUCUCGAACCAAGCAUAGCUGACGAGAAGACAAAACCGGCCAUCCUGCAGCUUUAAAAGCGAUGUUAUGGCAUGUACAUAUAAAACAUGAGGAGAGUGAAAAGCAAAAAAUGACCAACUUUCUUUACG